AACUUGAUAGCCAAAAACCCGAUAGGGGUGCGGAAUAUGUGCUGGAAAAAUUAACCGGUGCCAAGGGGGAUAAAAAUUCUUGGGAAAUAAAUACUGGCUCAUGGUUGAAUAUUAGACCAGUUUGGUCAAAAAGGAAGCAAAAGCAAAGGCAACACGGAGUCUGUUCUGAAGACUUGUUAAAAGAUUUUUAUCAUGAUUUUUUGGUUAAUAAUUUAAAAAUUAGAAUUGUUGAUUCUCAAAAAGAGUCAUUAAAAAGAUUGGAGGAAUACCAAAAAAAAUGUAAUUUGGCAGUAGCAGAAUUUCAAAAAAAAAUGAAUCAAUAUAAACUUACGGAGGCUUUUUCUCAAAUCAAAAGUUUACUUAAUGAAAGUAAUAAAUUAAUUUCUGAUUUAGCCCCUUGA